AUGUAUGAAUUCAAAGGCCAUGGAUAUCCGAACCCGCUGGAACGGGCAAGGUUGGAAGAGAAGAGACAAACGAGGAAAAGAAUGAUAAUAAUCUCAAUAUCUUCCAUAGUCUUAGUGGCCAUGAUUAUCGGUGUGGGAAUCGGAGUAGUUCAGUCAAGAAACGGGAAAGACGUUACACAGAGUGAGUCACAGAAAACUAGCAUGUCCUUAAAGGCCACGUGCGACGCCACACGCUAUCCAGACACGUGCGUUUCAAGCCUUUCAUCGUACCCUGGCGCCUCCAAUGCCAGACCUCAAGAUCUCGACUAUAUUGCAGCGAUGGUGGCGCUGGAAAAAGCACAGCAGGCCCACGUCGUUAUUUCCAAUCUGAGAGAACAAAGCAACGAUCCCCGCCAACGUCUGGCGCUUGAGCAUUGUGAGGAUUUUCUGGAUGAUACGAUCGAGCAGUUAAAUAGCUCCAGCCUCCUAUUAAAGAUUGUCGACCUUCGGUCAAUGAAGACAAUUAGUGAUGUGCAGACAUGGCACAGUGCUUCUCUGUCAGAUCUUGAGACCUGCAGGGACGGAUUUGCAGAGUUGCCGGCAAAUGACGUGAAAGCUCAGGUUGAAAGCACCACGCAGAAUUUGACUGAGCUGGUCAGCAACUCUCUUGCCAUUGUUAACAAAAUAGUCGACGUGUUGGGGAAAAAUUCUCGUACACGGCGUCUGUUAUCCGAUGGACUUCCUUCUCACAGGGGUUUCCCGGCAUGGGUUUCUGCAGCAGAUCGAAAGCUUCUGGAAAGUACAAAAGCCGACCUUGUUGUCGCCGCCGACGGAUAUGGGGACUACAUAAGCAUCCAGGAUGCAGUGGACGCAGCUCCGGAUAAGAGCGAUGCCAGAUUUGUGAUCAGGGUGAAAGCGGGAGUUUAUGAGGAGUAUGUGACUGUAUCCAAGCAGAAAACGAUGAUCACGAUAAUCGGUGAUGGCAUGGGUAACACAAUUGUCACUGGGAAUAAAAAUGUCGUGGACGAUGAAACUAUAAGCACGAUGGACACUGCCACAUUCGCUGUAUUUGGAACCGGAUUCAUAGCUAAAGACAUACAGAUCCGAAAUACUGCGGGCCCAGAAAAGCAUCAGGCGGUGGCUCUUCUCGUUGCAUCGGACUUUUCAACCUUCUUAAGUUGCAAUUUCAGUGCGUACCAAGAUACUCUCUAUGUACGUAAAUAUCGGCAAUUCUAUAGAGAUUGCUGGAUUUCGGGAACUGUAGAUUUCAUCUUUGGAGAUAGUGUGGUGGUAAUUCAGAACUCCACCUUGGUUGCAAGGCGUCCUGGUGAGAACCAGAAGAAUGCCCUGACCGCUCAAGGAAGGACUGAUCCCAACGAAAACACUGGAAUCGUAAUCCAAAACUGCCAUAUUACCGGAGAAGCCGAUCUUGUUGCUAACAUAGACAGUUUCCCUACUUACCUUGGGAGGCCGUGGAAAAACUUUUCGAGGACAGUGUUCAUGUUAUCUCAAUUAGAUGGUCUUAUUAAUCCUGCUGGCUGGCUUGAAUGGGACGGAAAUGCUGGACUAAAGACCUUGCAGUACUAUGAAUAUGAGAACUCUGGGCCCGGAGGCGCUACAACACACCGUGUCGAUUGGCCUGGACAUAAAGUGAUCGACACAACCGAGGCUGAAAACUAUUCAGUUGAAAACUUUUUAGGCGCUUCGUGGUUGGAGGCGGCUGGGGUUCAACAUACCAAUGGCUUGACCCCAUGA